AUGGGUCUCUCUUUGUCUCACAUUUUGUGCUACGCUAGGCAUUUGAAGUCGAUUCCACUGAUUGACUUCAAGGAGUUGUCUCCUGUGGCGUGCGCGUUGUUCAGUGCCGGUGCAGUCUUGCUAUUUGGUGCAGUGGUCACGGCGACGUACCGAUAUUUUUUCCAUCCGCUUUCAUUGAUACCGGGGCCAUUGUUAGCACGUAUUACCCGUCUAUGGCUGAUACGAGUUGAUCUCAGUGGUGCUGGAUCGAGAAAGCUUUUGAUGCUCCAUCGUAAAUAUGGGCCCGUUGUACGCAUAGGUCCGAAUGAAGUCUCAUUCGACGGCCUGUCUGCUUACAGCGAUAUUUAUAGCCAAAAAGCAAGGUUUCUAAAAGAGGACCGAUGGUAUUAUGGUAUUGCACCAAAAGAGAGUGUCAACAUGUUCACUAUCACAGACAACGAUGUACACUCAGUCUUACGUCGUACCUUUUCGCAUGCGUUUUCACGUUCCAACAUUCUCACGUUCAUCCCAAUGAUUAGUGAACAUGUGGAUCUGGCUAUGAAGCAAGUCUCUCGAUAUAUUGAAAAAGGAAAGCCGAUUCCGAUCCGUAAUCUAGCAGCCUCCUAUACUUUAGACACCAUCUCGAAACUGAGCUUCGGUGACACCAUGGAAGCCCUUGCAAGAUCAGAGCUCGAUCAUCCACUUAUCAAAGUAAUUGAGACGCUGACCAACGGAGCUGAAGUGAUUCUUAGAAUCCAUAUUCCGCUCACAUGGAAACUCGCGAGCAAUAAUCUUGGUGAGUUUUCUAAACUGAUUGAACAAGUGGUAAGAAGUGUGCGGCAAGCGGAUGUUAGUGACAAGUUAAGCUUGGUAAAGGAGGCCAAGAGAAGAAUGAAGGAUUCCAAAGAUGGUAUCUCCGAGCAAAUGAUGGUUUCCAUUGCCUCCCAAUUUGUUAUAGCAGGGCUAGGAACCACUGCCGCCAGCAUUUCGGGAAUACUCUACCAUGUCAUGAGUAACCAAACGGUCUACCACCGGGCCAAGGAAGAACUCAAAGCUAUUUGGCCUGAGAAGGAUAAACAUCCAUCUCUGGAACAACUGGAAAGUCUCUCGUACUUUGAAGCCUGUAUCAAAGAGGGCGUUCGCACAGUGUGCCCGGCCCCAGUUCGCAUGCCUCGGGUCGUGGGCAGCGAAGGAUAUCAAUUCGAGAAAUACUAUAUACCUGAAGGCACCGUGAUCUCCUCAUCUAACUUCUUCCGGUGCUACGAUGAAAGCGUAUUCCCUGAUCCUUACCGUUACCAACCGGAGCGGUGGCUUUCUGGAGACCUGAGUCAAAUGAAUGCAUCCUGGCUCCCCUUUGCCAAAGGUUCUCGUGCGUGUAUUGGUCAACACAUGGCGAUGAUUGAAAUCAAGUUGUUUGUGAGCCGAUUCAUAAGGUAUUUUGACGUCGUCGAGUUCGUUGACGAGCUGAAGCUACACGAAAGGCUCGUGGCAGAGAUCGCCAACGAACUGCGGGUGCGUGUUCGUGAGACAGAUGAAGUGACAGAGGCCCAAUAA